CCGCUCUUUCACUGCAGGUCACGCGAGGGCAGAGACACCAUUAUGAACAACAACACUGUAAAGCAGCAACUGCAGAAGCUGCAGGAGAAGGCGGUUUUACUGGAAGAUGCCAUCGAACGCGUCCUAGCUGUGCAGCAACAGCUGAAGGAAAACGCCUCAGAGGUGAAAGGUCAGAUCCAGAGUACAAUCAGCCGCCAGCUGGAGAGCCUUCGAUCCCGAGAGGUGUGGCUCCUGAACCAGGUGGAGAUAGUGCAGCAAGCCAAGGAUGAGGUGUUGAUGAAGCAGCAGGCGGCUAUGCAGCAGGCCUUGGGUGGGGUCAUCUCUACUCUGGAAGUGCAGGACUGGACCCACAUGGAAGAUAAGCUGACCAAGACCCUGGAGAAACUAGACUUGCUUGACAUUAAGCCUGAGGACACCCCCUUCAUGAGCUUCAAGGCUAACACAGCUUCACUGAGGGAGGUCAUCCACAAGUUUGGCCGCGUGAGUGGACACUGCCCCCUGCUGGACAGACCCUUUGCUGAGCCAGGCGAGGAAGCCAGCAGUCUGCCCAAGUGGUUUGAGGACUACGAAGAUGUAGAGCAUCAUGUUCUGUACAAAUCUGUGCAGAAUGAUCCAACUGUGACUGUCAGGAUCCCGCGUUUGUCCCGCAGCAGUGACAGCAAGUGGUUGCACACCCCAACCACACUUUCCUCUACCACAUCCAAGAGCACAAUCACCACUGGCUCACCUAACGCAUCUGACAGCCUCUUCAGACCAUUUCAAGAGGCCAAGACCAGCAGUUUGACCAAGUGGUUGUUGAAUCCUGGCUCUGCCGAGAGCACCAUUGCCAGCCUGCCCCGGGAGUCCACUGCGGCCAGCAUCAGACAGUGGCUGUGUCAGAUCAAAGAUGAGGCAGAGGAAGAGGGGCCAGCCUUUGAUGCAUAUGUCCCUGGCAAUCUAUCUGGAGUCAUGCCAUAUUUUCAAGGGGUCAUUUCUGCUCCCCUGACCAACUGGCUUCAUCCACAGCAGCCAGGGUCCAGUGGUCAAGAAGAUGUCCUGUCCUACUAUAGACAGACCAAAGAUGACACCAAACAGUGGCUGGCAAACUAUGAGAACCAACAGGAGAUGGAGGCUGCCAAGGAGUGGUCCAGGUGCUGCAAGGACAGCUGUGUGGUGGACAUAGAAGAUGUAGCUCACCUCCUGCUACCACAACUAGAUGGGACGACAGACAUGGCAAGAUGGCUGUAUAGACCCUGCACCAAGACAGGGGAGAACACAGAGGAUGAGGAAACCAGCUAUGCUUUGCCUUUGGUUAAAGAUGUUUGCAAAGCAGAUAGAAAGUGUGCUACAUUUCCAGAGUGUGUUUGUGAUGAAAAUUGCUUAGAGAGUGUUGAUCCAAAUUUGCCAGAUAGUCUGAAAGCGUGGUUGUACAGCCCCAAUACACAGCACAUUGCUUCUAGUUUGGGUGAUAGCUUCUUUGGGUGGAUGCCUUGUGACCCAGCAUAUUGGCUUAAGGGAGGUCAGGUAGGGGCACUGGGGGAGGUAGAAUGCCCUGUGUUUUUAUCUUACUUCAAAAACAUCUCUGAAGAUCCCAAAGAUUGGUUGAAACACCUGCAGGCCCCUUAUGAUAAGUCAAACAACAGUGAUGAUUUAACAAGUCCAGAUUUUAUCCCAACUCCAGCAGGUGCAGAGCUUGAUAAAUGGUUUAAAAAAAGAGCUGUGGUUGAGGAAGAUAAUUUUUCACCAGAGUUUGAAUUUUGGUUCAAAUUCCAAUCAAGUAUUCCCGAUGAAAAAUGGGUUAAUUUGCCUGGGGGCGUGAGUGAUGAACCCGCUAUAUCUGAGCUGGAAUACUUCAAACAGUAUCAAACAAGUCUGCCUGAGGAAGACUGGCUUCAGAAAUCAAAUAAUGAUUACGUUAUAGUGGGCGUUGAAGAUGAAAACCCCUUCACAUUUAAUCCACCGGAUAUGGAUGCCCAAGAGAAGUGGCUUUCUAAGCCUGUCCAUCCUGUCUGUUUUGAUACACAGGGGUUGGGGGAGGAAGAGGGGGAGGGGAUGGGUCCCAUCCCCCAGUUGUCCUCUGACCUUGGUUUCUGGCUGCAGGGUUAUUAGAGACCUACUGGGCCCAGCUGAGCUCACACUUUGGUUUACGCCUUCACGUGUGAUCCCCAUAUGCUUUUUUUAGUGGGAAGUGCUCCAGUGCUUACUUUCUCUACCUGUUUAAUUGUUUGCUGUGGUUUCUGUUAGUUGAUCUUUGCUAUCAACUUCCUCCUUAAAGGUGAUCAAUUAACUGCAAAUCAAAUGCUUGGUAAGAUUUAUGUCAUGAAACAGCGAUUAAAAAAUUGAGCUUUGCUUGUGUCAUUUAUUAACACAUCAGAAAAAUAUAAUUUUAUUUUAAAUUAACUAAUCCCAGUUAUGACUUGUAUAUGAUGACUAUGUAGCCACGUACUGAAACUAACUUUAACAGUUUGAAAGAUUUUUGAUUUUAUCAAAUGAUGCAAUGAUCAUUUUGAGUGGAUUAUCCAUCCCUCUCCCAGUGACAUAAAGUAAAGGCUGUAAUGUACCGUGCAGUCUGGAGGAACUGGCUAUAAUAGAUGUUGUGGUGUGAUAAGAUAUAUCAAAACGGAAAAUGCAACAUCUUGUGUUUCUGUGACAAGAGUUUUUAACAAUGAGAUUUAUUCUAUAUCAGGCACAGAGAGAUAAGAAGGAAUUACAAUCUAUGAUGUGGUGAUCUUGCAUUUGUACUGUGAAUGCACAUGAUUGUUAGUAGCAUACGUUGUAUUACAAAGAUUGCACAGUUAUAUUAAACAUGACAUAAACAUUGACUUACAUUGACAGAUAACAUUUAUGCAUUUGUUUACUUCUAUAUGAAUUAUAUAAAUUGUCUUAAUUCAUACUUUUUAACUGCAUAUUGUGAUGUGUCGAAAGUUUUAUUAUACAGCAUUGGUCAAUUUUGCCAAGUUUUGUAAAAUGUAUUUGAAAUGUCUACAGUUUAACAAUAUUGCCAUACUGCCUUGUAGUGCACACAAUUUCAUGACUGCCAUUUUAUUGUUAACAGCUGCUCUUAUAAAGUAAAAGUCAGUUUUAAUGUACGAGAUUUUCUCUUGACACACUAAUUAAUACAAUUAAUUCUGCAAAUUCAGAAUGAAGAAAAAUAAAGUAUUUUGGCAGAA